AAAGCAAUGAUAUAAGAGUUCCUUAUUCUUGACACAGUUAGGCCUUUGUUAUCUGUAAUUCUUCCACAUGUAUAUAGAUACACUCAAUAUUGCCAGUAUGGUAUACAUAUAUCCGGUCUUACUUUUACUUUCUUGUUCGAUUUCGGGCAUCAGUUGUCUUCUGAAUAAAGUCGAUCCCACGCCGCCCACUACAGCCUCCUCUUCGAACACCCUCGAUUCCCAGUUCACGCAUCAACUCCUUCUUCAAGAGCAACAACUCCGGAUAGAACUGCAGAAACAAAUAACAGGCAUCCAGUCUCAGAUACAAGCAAACAGACAGGAAGUAACUUUCUUUGUGAGGCUUCGUAACAAAAUAACCAAUCACCACCAAUCUACCAUUAUCGUCUUUGAUGACGUCCAUCUGAAUAAGGGGAACGCUUAUGACGCAAAUAUAGGGACAUUCACUGCUUCUGUCGAUGGCAUCUACAAAUUUGACCUGGUGCUUUCAAGUGACGUAGAAAACGGUCACGGAGAAAUGAUGCACAAUGGCGUCAGAGUCCUUGAUGUGUAUGCAGAUAAGCACAGCAGAUUUUAUGGUCGUGGAAGUGGUGCAAUCUUAGUGCUCAUGAAUAAAGGGGAUAAAAUGUGGAUUCAAAAUACGGACAUUGGAAACACAAUCAUCAAUGCUGGAGUUGAAACAGCAUUCUCUGGUCAUCUACUGUUUCUUGCAUAA